GCUGUGUUACUUCUUCUUUCCUUUCUGCCCUUUCUUUCUUCGUUGCUUUUACUUGGUACUAUUCACGAUUGCUGUCUCUUGUUUUUGCAAUUGAAAUUGCGAUUGUGUGAUUCUCUUUUAUUCUAGAGUUUCAUACUCUGAUUACCUAGGUGGUAAUUAAGGAAAGAAAUUGAUCUCCCCGAAGUGCAACUCUCAAAUCACUCACUGCCCCGAAUCGAGACGGCAACACCGCGAAGAAUUUCUGUUUAGGAAACGAGCAAGAUGUUGUUGAAUAUUAGACAAAUAGUCGUUUUCCUUUGGUUUUUCGCAACGACAAUUCUAGCAGGUCGCUUUUCGGAUUUCUCGCAUGCGAAGGGGUAUCAUCCGGAUUUGAAAGAUAGAGUGGAGGGGAAUAGGAAGAGGAAUCAUCCUGGGAAUGGGCAUGGGUAUGGUAAUGGGACGGAGGGGUUUAGAUUCCUGAAUAAACAUACGGAGGAAUAUAGAGUUAAAUCUCUUCCCGAUAUUCCUUUUGAUAUCGGAGAAAUGUAUGCGGGUUUAAUGCCAAUUGAUAUGAAGAACAAAUCAAGAGGGCUUUAUUUUGUCUUUGAACCAACGGUUGGAGAACCGGUUGACGAAGUUACCAUUUGGUUGAAUGGAGGACCUGGCUGCAGUUCUUUAGAAGCCUUCUUCCAAGAAAAUGGACGGUUUAUUUGGAGUUGGGGAAUGUAUACUCCGCAGAUUAAUCCAUAUUCUUGGGUUAACCUUACGAAUGUUCUUUGGGUUGAACAACCAGUUGGGACAGGAUUCUCGAUUGGUGAAGUGACUGCUACAACUGAAGAAGAUAUCGCAGAGGAUUUUGUCAACUUUUUCUUGAAUUUCCAAAAGACGUUUGGGAUUAAGAAUUUCAAGAUAUAUGUUACAGGAGAAAGUUAUGCAGGGAGAUAUGUCCCGUAUAUAUCAUUGGCUAUGUUGGAGAGAAAUGAUACGAAGUAUUUUGAUGUGUCUGGAGCUUUAGCCUAUGACCCCGUCAUUGGCUCCUAUGUAUAUGCCCAACAAGAAGCACCAGCCGUUCCAUUCCUUCUCCAGAAUAAUAACAUAUUCGGUCUCAACGCAAGUUUUGUAGCUCAUUUAGAAGCGCUUCAUGAAUCAUGUGGCUAUUCGGAUUUCAUAUCGCAAUAUUUAACUUUUCCACCAUCAGGUGUUCAACCCCCUAAAUACUUCGACUACAACAAUGAGACUGAUCUAGCAUGUGAUCUCUGGGGAUCGAUCUACAAUGCAGCAUACGGACCAAACCCCUGUUUCAAUGUUUACGAAAUCGUUACUCAAUGUCCUCUUCCAUCCGAUCCACUAGGUUAUCCAACGGACUUACAGUAUCUAUAUCCAGGAUUCGAUCAAAUCUAUUUCAACCGCACAGAUGUGAAAAAAGCCAUGCAUGCACCCAUGGAAAUCGACUGGAGCGAAUGUUCCGGCCCCGUAUUCAUCGGAGGAGACGAUGGCGAAGGAGGACCCGAGCAAGAAGGUGAUCUCAGUGCAGAUCCUAUUCAAUCCGUUCUCCCCCGCGUCAUCGAAGCCACCAAUCGUGUUCUCAUUGCUAAUGGAAAUCUUGAUUACGAAAUCCUCACCUAUGGCACACUUCUCGCAAUUCAAAAUAUGACGUGGGGAGGAAAACUGGGGUUUCAAGAGAAACCGGAGAAGCCGAUUGUAAUUACGUUGCCGGAUUUGCAGUAUGGGAAUUCGUUUAUUGAUGAGGGGUUUGGACCGGUGGAUGAACCGCAGGGAACGAUGGGAGUGCAGCAUUUUGAACGCGGGUUGAUGUGGGCGGAGACUUUUCUCAGUGGGCAUAUGCAGCCGCAAUUUCAGCCCAGGAGUAGUUAUAGACAUUUGCAGUGGGUUUUGGGGAGGAUUGAUGAAUUGUAGAUAGAUUUUUUCAAUUGAUUGGCACGUAAGAACUUGAGACUGGACUGGUAGAUGUGAAGACUGGGGGAUUGAUGAAUUUAUAUUAUGUUGAUGAGGAAUGAGUGGCGAAUGUGGAAUCUUUUGAUAGUGGUUUGUUCAUUUUUUAAAGGGUGAGAUAUUA